AUGUCCUCCGCAGCAGCACCAGCUCUCCGCGCCCUCCGGCCCGCGCUCCGCGCCGCGCCGCGCGCUCUGGCAAGGAGGCCGCUCUCGACGCUGCCCGCGCGGCCAGUGGCCUCGGCGCUGGGCCUGCGCGCCGCGCCGCGCGCCGCCGUGCCCCGCCUGUCCUCCCGCCUCGUCGCCCCGUCAAUACGCCUCAACUCGACCGCCGCCGCGCCCAAGCCCAAAUCCGCGUACGAGCGCUUCAAGGAGCUGUCCAAGACGUACGGCGUGUACGCAGUCCUGAUGUACCUCGCCAUCGGCGCCGUCGACUUCUCGCUCUCCUUCCUCCUCGUGCACUCCAUGGGCGCGAGCACGAUCGAGCCGUACUUUAACAAGGCGCUCCGGUGGUACCGCGUCAUCCGGCACGGCAGCGACGGCGCCGACGAGCUCGAGCAGCAGGAUAUCGAGAAGAAGGCCAAGCAGGCCGCUGAGGAGGCGGCGGAAAUCGCGGCCAACGGCGGCGUCCCCAAGCCCACCGCAUGGUACCUCGACCGCGCGCUCUGGGCCGAGGCCGUCCUCGCGUACACUAUCCACAAGACGGUGCUCCUCCCCUUCCGUGCUGGCCUGUGCGUCGCGUGGACGCCGCGCGUCGUCGAGUUCCUCCGCGCCCGCGGGUGGAUCGGAGCGUCUGGAACCAAGCGCGCUGCCCAGCGCGGCGCCGAGAAGAUCCGCGAAGCCUCUGCGCGUGUCAUUGACGCCGCCAAGAGGAAUUAG